UGGCAUCGCCUCCUCUUUACCUCGGGCCGGUGCCGCGGUAGCUUCGCUCCUCUCCCUGCGAUCGCAUUUCAGGAAAUCAAGUAAAAAACACCAAAAAUGGGCAAGGAAAAGAUCCAUAUCUCCAUCGUCGUGGUGGGUCACGUAGACUCCGGUAAGUCCACCACCACCGGCCAUCUUAUCUACAAGUGCGGUGGCAUCGACAAACGUACCAUCGAGAAGUUCGAGAAGGAAGCCACUGAAAUGGGCAAGGGUUCCUUCAAGUACGCCUGGGUACUGGACAAGCUCAAGGCUGAGCGUGAGCGUGGUAUCACCAUUGAUAUCGCCUUGUGGAAGUUUGAGACCACGAAGUUCAUGGUCACCAUCAUUGAUGCCCCCGGCCAUCGUGAUUUCAUCAAGAACAUGAUCACGGGAACCUCCCAGGCUGAUUGCGCCGUGCUGAUCGUGGCUGCUGGUACUGGUGAAUUCGAAGCUGGCAUCUCGAAGAACGGACAAACUCGCGAGCACGUGCUGCUGUGCUUCACCCUCGGUGUCAAACAGAUGAUCGUAGCCGUGAACAAGAUGGACAGCACUGAGCCCAAGUACUCAGAAGAAAGGUUCAAGGAAAUCCACAAGGAAGUCUCUGCCUACGUUAAGAAAGUUGGUUAUAAUCCUGCCAUUGUUCCAAUUCUUCCAAUUUCCGGAUUCAACGGCGACAACAUGCUUGAGAGGUCCGACAAGAUGCCCUGGUGGAAGAAGCAGAAGAUCGAACGCAAGAGCGGCGCCUACGAGUUCGAGACUCUCUUCGAUGUUCUGGAUAACAUCGAGCCUCCCACUCGUCCCACCGAUAAGGCCCUCAGGCUUCCCCUGCAGGACGUCUACAAGAUUGGUGGCAUUGGCACGGUUCCCGUGGGCCGUGUUGAAACUGGAACUUUGAAGCCUGGUAUGGUGGUCACCUUCGCCCCAACUGGUCUUACCACUGAAGUCAAAUCAGUUGAAAUGCAUCACGAGGCUCUCGUCGAAGCUACACCAGGUGACAAUGUUGGCUUCAACGUCAAGAACGUGCCUGUCAAGGACUUGAAGCGCGGCUUUGUAACAUCGGACUCCAAAAAUGACGCAGCUAAGGCAGCGCAAGACUUCGUGGCCCAGGUGAUUGUGUUGAACCAUCCCGGUCAGAUCCAAGCCGGCUACUCGCCUGUGGUUGAUUGUCACACCGCUCACAUUGCGUGCAAGUUUGCAGAGCUCGUCACCAAGAUCGACAGGCGUACCGGCAAAGAAAUCGAGUCAAACCCCAAGGCCGUCAAGUCUGGGGACUCGUGCAUCGUAAAAAUGGUUCCCAGCAAGCCCAUGUGCGUAGAGUCGUUCCAGCAGUACCCACCCCUCGGUCGCUUCGCCGUGCGCGACAUGAAGCAAACUGUCGCCGUCGGUGUCAUCAAGGAGGUCAACAAGAAAGAGGCGUCUGGCGGUAAGACCACGAAGGCUGCCGAGAAAGCGCUCAAGAAGAAGUAACUAGUUGCUGAAGGCCAAUCAAAGAGCCCUCUUUCUUAUCACUUCCAAAUGCAGCCUCGUUUUAUUAUACUACGAACCUUGCAUAGGAAGUUCGUUAGAAGGAAAAACUGGCUGGCUUCUUCUGAGCGUCACCGAGCGAUUUGUUGUGGUGUGCAUCCUAGUUUCUUCACUGGCUAUUAUAUUUGUCAACAUCAGGGCUCACUAAGAUUUAAUAGGUUCAAGCCUAGCAAUGCUGUCUCGUCAUAAAAUGAAACUUUAGAUGCAUUUAUUUGUCUAUCGACAUGAUCUUUGUCGGAUAUGAAAGUAGUUGGUUGGAUUCAUCCCAAUUUGUGCUUGGUUUUGCAAGUUUUCUACGUUAAAUAUCGCUAACAAGUUUGCAUAGUAUUAAUUUAGAUUAACGAGUGACAGUUUACAUAAUUUGCGUUGAAUUCCUGUAAAUUCAUCAGCUGAUCAAUAAAUGCUUCCCCUCGGCGGUCGCUCUAGAAGUGAAA